CAGCAUUGAUUGUGCCAUGGAAGAAGCGCUGCUGGCACAAGCCGCCGAGCUGGUCGCAGCGCAGAACUACGGGGCCGCGCAUGGUGCUGCCGAGGAAGCGGUCCACCGCAUCUGGGACCGGCUGCACCUCGGCAAGUGGAGCGAGGUCGACGUCGUGUGGCGGCAACGCUUUGCCCGCGCUUGCCACCUCCUCGCACAGGCCCAGGCCGCCACGUCCGACACGGCGACCGCGAUCCAGACUCUGGACACAGGCCUCCUCAUGGCUGGACCGUACGGCCACGACUUGCAUGCUAUGAUGGAGUCGCUCAUCGAGACGCUGCCCCGUGACGAUAUCCCGGCAGUCGAUUCGACGAGCGCCAGAGGCUCACGAGCGGCGUCGGUCGAGCAAGACGCACCAAAGCGGCAGUGCGUUCGGUCGCGCGAGCACGUAGCGCUCUACCCGCUCCCAGCGCUGGCGACGGUCAUCGAAUGCAUCUCUCCGCCAUCGAUGGCAACGUUCCGCGAACGCUACAUGCGGCCGCGGCGGCCAGUUGUGAUCCGAGGAGCCAUGGACCAUUGGCCUGCCAUGGGGCUGGACGGCAGUCAACGGGGCUGGGCCGACUUGCAGUACCUCAAGCGCGUCGCGGGCAUUCGCACCGUGCCCAUCGAGAUCGGCUCGAGCUACUUGGAAGACGACUGGUCGCAGACGCUCAUGCCGCUGGGCCAGUUCAUUGACGAGCACAUUGCCAAACCUGGCGCCAACACAGGCUAUUUGGCCCAGCACGCGCUUUUCGAGCAGAUACCACCCCUGCGCCGGGAUAUCUGCGUCCCCGACUACUGCGCACUCCCCGACGAUGACGACGAUGAUGACGAUGACGACGAUGACGAGGUUGUCGUGAACGCGUGGUUCGGACCGGCCAAGACGAUUUCGCCGCUGCAUUUUGACCCGGCACACAACCUGCUGUGUCAAGUUGUCGGGCGCAAGUACCUUCGGCUGUAUGCGCCGGACGCACAGCUCUACGCGGUCGAGGGCCUCCUCUCCAACACGUCGCAGGUCAAGGUCGAGGACGUCGACGCCGACGCGUUCCCAGCGUUUCUUAGCGUGCCGUACCUCGAGUGCACGCUGCACCCGGGCGACAUGCUCUACCUCCCGCCUGGGUUCUGGCACUUUGUGCAGUCGCUCGACGUGAGCUUCUCCGUGAGCUGCUGGUUUGCGCGACCCCGGCCGUAACCUUGAACCAUCGCAUGUUGCGUCAUGAUACCGCUCUUCUUCU